AUGCCAAGAGACCAAGAAUCAAACGCGGGCGCAUCAGCUAUAGCACUCUUCCUAGUCCCUCAUGUGCCCUCGAUUGCUCGUCUGCUGUCGGCGGUCAGUUACUGUUCUGUAGCAGCGACGUCGUCUAUCAGAUCGAUACCGUACCGCGAUUGGGUACGCUCAAUCGUGAUCGAAAUUCAUGCCAAAAGAGCUCCCAAAUUAGCUUGCUGCCAAUCCUCAUCUUCAACAACUAAGCAGGUUGAUGCAGGGCCUGCAACUGUAGCAAAAGGGCCAGAUCAUCCUGCUGCUAGCUUCAUGCCUCUUAAUAGGAAUCCUUCAUUGUUGCGCUUCAUCUCUUUGACGCUCAGAGAAUGCAGGCUUCUGGCGUAG